AAACGGGGCGGCGUGAUGGUGGCCGGGCUGGCGGCGGCCGACGGAGGCCUCGCCGAGGGGGCGAGUUUGGGCCAGCACCUGGCUGGGCAGGAGCCGGCCCUGGACGAUGUGGGGGAACGGGGUGCCCGGUGGAGCAGACGGAGCCUGGUUGCAGUGAACGAGCUCAACCAGAAUGUAAGUUCUUUCCAAAGAAAAUUUGUCGGUGAGGUGAAGAGGUGUGAAGAGCUAGAGCGAAUAUUGGCGUAUUUGGUGCAAGAAAUUAAUAAAGCAGAUAUUCCCCUUCCUGAGGGAGAGACCAGUCCCCCUGCACCGCCGCUUAAACAGGUGCUGGAAAUGCAGGAGCAGCUGCAGAAGCUCGAGGUUGAGCUGAGAGAAGUCACUAAGAACAAGGAGAAGCUGAGGAAAAACUUGCUUGAACUGAUCGAGUAUACGCACAUGCUGAGAGUGACAAAGAAGUUCGUCAGACGGACCGUGGAGUUUGAACCCACUUACGAAGAAUUCCCUUCCUUAGACACUGAUUCUUUGUUGGACUACAGCUGUAUGCAGCGGCUGGGAGCGAAGCUGGGAUUUGUAUCUGGCCUAAUUAACCAAGGAAAAGUUGAAGCAUUCGAAAGAAUGCUGUGGCGAGUCUGCAAAGGGUACACCAUCGUGACCUACGCAGAGCUGGACGAGCCCCUCGAAGACCCCGAAACAGGAGAAGUCAUAAAGUGGUAUGUGUUUUUAAUAUCCUUUUGGGGAGAGCAGAUCGGCCACAAGGUUAAGAAGAUAUGUGAUUGUUACCACUGCCACGUUUACCCGUACCCGAGCACCGCCGAGGAGCGGAGGGAGAUUCAGGAGGGCCUGGACACCCGCAUUCAGGACCUUUACACUGUGCUGCACAAAACGGAGGACUACCUGCGGCAGGUGCUGUGCAAGGCCGCAGAGUCGGUCUACGCGCGCGCCGUCCAGGUGAAGAAGAUGAAGGCCAUUUACCACAUGCUGAACCUGUGCAGCUUCGACGUGACCAACAAGUGCCUCAUCGCCGAGGUCUGGUGCCCCGAGGCUGACCUGCCGGACCUGCGGCGCGCGCUCCAGGACGGCUCGAGAGAGAGCGGCGCCACAAUCCCCUCGUUUAUGAACACCAUCCCAACGAAAGAGACGCCCCCGACUCUCAUCCGCACCAACAAAUUCACCGAGGGGUUCCAGAACAUCGUGGACGCCUAUGGAGUCGGCAGCUACAGGGAAGUGAACCCAGCUCUCUUCACCAUCAUCACCUUCCCCUUCCUGUUCGCCGUGAUGUUCGGGGACUUUGGACAUGGCUUCGUGAUGUUCUUGUUUGCCCUCCUGUUGGUGUUGAAUGAAAACCAUCCCAGACUCAGUCAGUCACAAGAGAUCAUGCGGAUGUUUUUCAACGGCCGGUACAUCCUCCUGCUGAUGGGGCUGUUCUCGGUGUACACGGGCCUCAUCUACAACGACUGCUUCUCAAAGUCCGUCAACCUUUUCGGCUCGGGGUGGAACGUGUCCGCCAUGUACAGCUCCAGUCACUCCCCGGCGGAGCACCAGAAGAUGGUGCUUUGGAAUGACAGCGUCGUCAGACACAGCAGGGUCUUGCAGCUGGACCCGAGCGUGCCCGGCGUGUUCCGAGGCCCCUACCCUCUCGGCAUCGACCCCAUUUGGAACUUGGCCACCAAUCGCCUCACUUUUCUAAACUCUUUCAAAAUGAAAAUGUCUGUGAUUUUAGGAAUUAUUCACAUGACUUUUGGAGUCGUUCUGGGAAUAUUUAACCACUUGCAUUUCAGGAAGAAGUUCAACAUUUACUUGGUCUCCAUCCCAGAACUCCUGUUCAUGCUCUGUAUGUUCGGAUACCUGAUAUUUAUGAUCGUCUACAAGUGGCUGGUGUACUCCGCGAAGACCUCCAGAGCCGCUCCCAGCAUCCUCAUCGAGUUUAUCAACAUGUUCUUAUUUCCGGCCAGUGAAACGAGUGGUCUGUACGUGGGGCAGGAGCACGUCCAGAGGCUGCUGCUGGCGGUCACCGCGCUGUCCGUGCCCGUGCUCUUCCUGGGGAGGCCCCUCUUUUUGCUGUGGCUGCACAACGGGCGCAGCUGCUUAGGGGUCAGCCGGAGUGGCUACACGCUCGUGAGGAGAGACAGCGAGGAAGAAGUGUCCUUGCUGGGCAGCCACGACAUCGAAGAGGGGGGUAACCAGAUGGACGACGGCUGCAGAGAAGCCAGGUGUGAAGAGUUUAAUUUUGGAGAAAUAUUAAUGACCCAAGUAAUUCAUUCCAUCGAGUACUGUCUGGGCUGCGUCUCCAACACCGCGUCGUACCUGCGGCUCUGGGCGCUGAGCCUGGCUCACGCACAGCUGUCCGACGUCCUGUGGGCCAUGCUGAUGCGUGUGGGCCUCCGGGUGGACACGACCUUCGGAGUCCUGCUGCUGCUCCCGGUCACCGCUCUCUUUGCGGCUCUGACCGUUCUCAUCCUUUUGAUCAUGGAAGGGCUUUCUGCAUUUCUUCACGCCAUACGCCUCCAUUGGGUGGAAUUUCAGAACAAAUUCUACGUUGGUGCAGGCACCAAAUUUGUUCCUUUCUCAUUUAGACUGCUUUCAUCGAAGUUCAAUGACGACAUGGCAUGAUCGUAUUGCCGUAUCCCACAGACUUUUGGAUUUCUGGAGAAUUAUCAUGUUUUAGAAUUUUACUUAUGUCAAAUUUCCGAUAGAAAAAAUUCUGUCCUCAUAGAUUGCCUUAUGAUAUAGCCAAAUCUGUAAGAUAUACCUCUUCUUCCUGUUAAAUAUUUUGUAAAGUUUAUCAAUUUCACAUCUGUUUAUUUCAGUUUUUAUGAUGAGCAAAUAUAAGUUAAUGCCAAAAGUUAUGUUAAAGUUAUUUUUUAAAAUAUAGGUUGGGGGGAGAGAAGCCAGUUUCGAAUGGCUAAUUGAAAAUGGUCUUAGAUAGUUGAUCCCUUUUCACCUUGUUAAAAAAAAACAGAGUUAUUCUGUCACCUGAAGUUGUCAGGUAAUAUUUUCAACAGCUGAAGCAUAGUUGAAAAAAAAUUUUAAUGAUGGAUAAUCAAAAGAUUUAUAUUUAUUCUGCUUGAUCGAAAGUAUGCAAACUUUUUUUUACUGUUUGCCGCCUCUAAUUAUAAGUAGGAGAUGGUUUCAGUGAUUUUGUCUUGUUUUAAUAAUUGGGGGAAAUGGGAUAAAAUAACAUACAACAAAUGGUUAUCCCACUUGUAUAUUUUUUUUAAAGACUCUUAUCCUGUUAUCCGUACAUAAAAGCAAUUAUGAUAAUUUUAUGUUUGGAAAGAAAUUGUAUACUGAGCCUUAAAAUCAAGUGUGACUCUAGAAGAUGCAAUAUGGAUAUAAUUUGAACUUAAGUGACCAGCUUGGCUGACAUUACUGAGCCAAAAGGGUUUUUUACUGAGUGAAGGAAGGUGAGAAGUAGUAUUUUGUAUAUUUUUAUAACAAAAUAUAAAUUAGAUAUUUUCCCAUGAAGAAAUUACACCUAUCUUUGAGACUAGUAUAAUUAUAAUUUUUUACUUUCAGACUAAUUUUAAAUAAAGGUCUGAUAAAAGCAUUGAGUUCAUUUAAACUUUCAAACCCUAUUUAGCUCAGUUGAAAACUAAUUCUUAGCCAUUUAUAGUCUUUAGUUGAAAUUCAUUUAUUCACUUGACAUUUAGUUUUGAAUACAUUUGAGUCACUCCCAUUGAACAUUUUGACCUGUACUUUUUGUAAAUUAUGUUCAUUUUUCAUAUUUCACUAUAAAUGACUUUAAUUAUUUUCAAAAAGAAAUCUGCAGUAUUUUCACUGUCUCGCAUUUUGAGUAACACAUUUAAGGCUUGUUUGUCACCAUAUUCCCUCACCCUGGCUAAUGGUAGAGGGUUUGGAAUUUUCUUUACGAGCAAAGAUUGUUGUGGCACUGAUUUCAAACGUAUGUUUUCAGGUAACUCCAUGGCCUGUUUGCCGAGACAUGACAUAACUGUGACAUUUUAACGUUAUUAAACUUUUUCAUUGUAGUGAUGGUUUCACACUGCCCCUCCAUGAGAUGUUACCCAAAGCCAGUUUGGAAUUACUGGGUUUCGUCUUUCAUAUUAAAAUAUCAAACAAAAUGAUGCUGAUGACACUCUUGAAAAUGAUUCUGUUAAGUUUCCCCAGAAAGGUGUAAAGUUGGGCCCUUUAUUUGGGUGAAUAUGAAAUAUGGUAAUACCAUUCAGGUUUCAGACUUAUCCCUCA